CCAAGCCGGGGUCAGAUCAGGAGUCAGGUGAGAAUAUCUCUUAGCCAAGCCGGGGUCAGAUCAGGAGAGCAGGUGAGAAUAUCUAUUAGCCAAGCUGGGGUCAGAUCAGGAGAGCAGGUGAGAACAUCUCUUAGCCAAGCCGGGGUCAGCUCAGGAGAGCAGGUGAGAACAUCUCUUAGCCAAGCCGGGGUCAGAUCAGGAGAGCAGGUGAGAACAUCUCUU